UGUGUGUUUACAGUACAAUGGGGAUGGUCACCAUGUUUGUCAUGCUGCUGCUGCUCUCCCUGGGUGGAGGCCUGUCUCGCCACGGCAGCACCAUAAAGGCCAAGGCCAGGAGUCAGGCUGCGGAGACCCUGAGCUCUGGUGGCAGCGCGGCCGCCUCUGCCAUGAUGUCAUCUCUACUGGACAUGUCUGCCGAGCUCACCUCACUCAGGGACCUGGUGCAGAGACUGAGGCCCCUAGUGGAGGAGCAGGCUACUACAGUGUUGGAGCUGCACUCCACGCUGGCCCUCACUCAGGACGAGCUGAAGAGCACCAAGACCCUUCUGCAGCAGCUGCGGGCCGACCACGAGGGCGUGAGGGAGAGACUGGCGGCCAGCGAGACCCAGGUGGAGACUCUGGAGAGGGAGAAUGCGGCGCAGCAGACGGAGCUGGGAGCUGUGAAGACCAGAUUGGCCACUAGUGAGGCUGACAUGGUGCACCUGCAGAAGGAGGCCGCAACGCAAUCAGCUGACCUGAGGGCAGUUGCUGAGAGAAUGGCUGCCACGGAGACGGACGUGGGUCAUGUGACGGAACACACGGGAGCUCUGGAUGCCAGCCUGGCAACCGUGAAGACUGACGUGACGACCUUGGCAAAGGAGAGUGUGGCACAGCACACACACCUGACGGCCAUGAAGACAAAGGUGACGAGCUUGGUGAAGGACAACGAGGCACAGAACACACACCUGUCUAUGAUGCGGACGGACGUGAUGAGGCUCUCCAAGGAGAGCGCGGCCCAGCACGCCAACAUCACCACCGUCAAGGCCGAGGUAGACCACCUGAAGAAGGAGAACGCCGCUCAGGACAGCAGGCUGGCCGCCGGCGAGGCUGAAGUAGAAGACCUGAAGGCUUCAAACGCAGCGCUGGUGGCAGAGGUGGCGGAAACGAAGACCAGACUGGCAACCACCGAGACCCAGGUGGAGAAUCUGGACAAGAACAUCACAGAGACGCCCAAGGUGGCGUUCUCGGCGGCGCUGACCAAGUCCGGAUACACAGAGGCUGGGAAUAAGGACUUGAACCUGGUGUUCACCAGCGUCCUCACCAACGUUGGACAGGCCUACAGCGGCACCACGGGCUUCUUCACAGCUCCCGUCAAGGGAGUCUACUACUUCAGGUUCAACGUCAUGGACAUCCUUAGCACGCGCUGGAUGUACAUCAAGAUGUUUAAGAACGAGACGCAGGUGAUGUUUCUGGGAGAGUACGACUCCAAUGGCAGCUGGUCGUACCUGUCCAGCGGGGUGACACUGCUGCUGGAGGAAGGGGAUGUGGUCAACAUUCGACUUCCUGUUGGCUACAGGAUCUACGGCAACGCCGACAACCACAACAUCUUCAGUGGCUUCCUGCUGUUCGCUCUCUGAGAUGAACAGACCGGCCUCUCAAAAUUGGGGAGCGGGCAAA